UUUCAUCUCCGAUAAGAAUCGUGAAAUGUUAAUUUUUCCGAUACCGCGAAGUUUUUUACUGCCAAUCAUAAAUUCAAGGACAUAUCCUUGUUAACAUUUAUCUUAAUUGCAUUUUUUACACCGCAUUUGAACAUUGCUUAAUUCUUCCUGCUCUUUUGCAAGGAAGAACAUAUAACUAUCUCGUUUUUAAAUGCUGACUGUGAAAACCUCAGCCGACACGAAUCGAUUAUCAAAAAGAUUUGCUACAAAUUCCUAUAACCGAUUUUCUCUUUUAUCUCGCGAUCCCGUCCGCAGCUUCCAAAUCCUCCAAUGAGAUCAGAGGAAAGAACGCUCUCUUCGCAGGCUGCCAACCGCGAUGUAGAGGCGGCGUGAACCUGGUGUGAACCCGCCUUGAGAAUCGCGGCUGGCAGCAUUGUUCACGGCGACAUCAUCCGCGCCCCGCGGACAUGUAUUAUUGAUGCGUUAACCUAUUCGAGACAACGCUCCGUCGGCGACCCGUCGCGAGUGAGAUUCGCAACGGUUUACCGGUGUACCGGUCUGCUCCUGGGCGAUCAACCGCGUGCGAGGAGUUACCGCGCGACCGCUGUCACGCCACGUUGAAAUUGCGCCGCGCCGCCAAUCCAUCGUCACCACCACGACGACCACGACGACGACGACGACGUCGCUCGGCCACCGACGUCGCGCCGUAACGAGCGCGUCUCCCCGCGCGCAGCUGUCACUCGCGCAUUGCUCGUUGCCGCCGUCCACGUUCGGUCCGGAGUGCAAGAAAUUAUACUCCGGCGAUCGUCUCCCUCGUGCAUGCUGCCCGCGCGCGUCACGGUCCCCGACCUCCCGUCGACCGCUGCGUCCUCCUCGACCCGGCCUCAUCCCGCUGCUCGAACAAAAGUAACGGUGUGAUACAUGGAUGAAAAGCGAGUUGCUGCUAGAUGGUAGAGCGUGAAAGAUUGGACUGUGCCAGGUCCAAAGAAAAGAUCAGUGAUUUGACGGAGGGAACGCGACAGUGUCCACCACGGCUUUCACCGAGAUGGUUGGAUUGGCGGGCGGGGGAAGUCACUUGUAUCCCUCGCCCCCCAUGCAACCGAAUCCAGAGUUGAGAGAAAUGACCGGAAUAGCACCUAGUGCACCAACCAGCGCCGAUGCCUGCUUAAGCAUUGUGCACUCAUUGAUGUGUCAUCGUCAAGGUGGUGAGAGUGAAGGUUUCAGCAAACGAGCAAUCGAAUCGCUUGUAAAGAAAUUGAAAGAGAAGCGUGAUGAAUUGGACAGUUUGAUUACCGCGAUAACCACCAAUGGUGCACAUCCAAGCAAAUGUGUCACUAUCCAAAGAACUUUGGAUGGUAGAUUACAAGUGGCAGGUCGUAAAGGAUUCCCUCACGUGAUCUAUGCACGCAUCUGGAGAUGGCCGGACUUGCACAAAAACGAGCUAAAACAUGUGAAAUACUGCCAGUUUGCUUUCGAUUUGAAAUGCGAUUCUGUAUGCGUGAAUCCCUAUCACUACGAGCGAGUGGUAUCUCCGGGCAUAGACCCGUUCUUUACAGACCUAUCUGGCCUGACUCUACAAUCUGGCGUGGGUGUGGGACCUGGCGGAAGAUUGGUUAAGGACGAGUACACUGUCGGCGGCGGCGGCACCGCUGCCGCGGCAGCUGCCGCCGCGGUCAGUUCUGCAAUGGAUGUGGAUGGCGAGAUGAAUCAGACGAUUCAACAUCAUCCGCCGGCCCAGUCAACCGCCUCAAACAAUGCACAACAGGCUCAGCAGGGUUUUAUACCCGGUUUGCCACCGCCCAAUCCGACCAGUACUGAGGGUAUGUUUAGCGCCGGUGGGGGCGGCAAUAAUGGUAAUCCCCAUGCUAAACUGGACGACAAUAAUUGCCCCAGGCAAACCUGGAUUCCCACGUCUCAUCACUCGGCAGGCCGUAAUAUGCAUCAUCCAGUAGUACAUCCUAUGAGUCACACUGUAGGUAGCCAACAACAGUCAUUGAAUGCUGCGUCGAGCGGAACGUCUGGCGCACAGAUUUUGAGUCCCGCGCAAGGACAAUCAACCGCCGACACAUUCUACAGCACUACUACACCCCCACAGGAUAUCAAUCAACCCCCGACAGUCGACGCGUUAGCGGCUUCUCUAGGUGAAGGGCAGAACUCUCCCGUGUCACCUGUGCACCUUCACCAUCCAAAUGGCUUUCCUGUGGGCACAGCACCGUACAAUUCCGGAGCGCCGCAAUGGACUGGUGCCAAUACUCUCACGUAUACUCAAAGUAUGCAACCACCAGAUCCUCGCCAUCUUCAGACAACAUCAUACUGGGGUGGUCAUGGAAAUGACGUUAGUGGAAAUAUUGGAGGAUUGCUCUCUACGCAACCAGCACCAGAAUAUUGGUGUUCCGUCGGUUAUUUUGAAUUGGACAUCCAAGUCGGUGAAACGUUCAAAGUCAGCAGCGGUUGUCCCACAGUCACCGUGGACGGCUACGUGGAUCCGAGCGGCGGAAACAGAUUCUGUUUAGGUGCCUUGAGCAAUGUGCAUAGAACGGAACAGAGCGAACGAGCGCGUCUUCAUAUAGGGAAGGGCGUUGUAUUGGAUUUGAGGGGCGAAGGGGACGUUUGGUUGAGAUGCCAGAGCGAGCACAGCGUCUUUGUACAGUCUUACUAUCUAGAUAGAGAGGCGGGUCGGGCACCUGGUGAUGCGGUACACAAAAUCUAUCCCUCGGCAUACAUUAAAGUUUUUGAUCUAAGGCAAUGUCACAAACAGAUGCGAGGCCAAGCCGCCACCGCUCAAGCUGCCGCAGCAGCGCAAGCUGCAGCUGUCGCAGGUCAUCUCACGCACGGAGCGCCUAUAACCAAAAGUCUUAGUGCGGCUGCGGGGAUUGGAGUCGACGAUUUACGACGACUUUGUAUCCUACGUUUGAGUUUUGUUAAAGGGUGGGGUCCAGAUUAUCCGCGACAAAGCAUAAAAGAAACACCAUGCUGGAUUGAGGUGCAUCUACACAGAGCGCUUCAAUUGCUGGAUGAAGUGUUGCACACAAUGCCCAUCGAUGGACCGCGAGCAAUCGAAUAAUUCCAUCCGAUUCGAAUCAUAAGAAACAUGAGGAGAACAUCACAAUGUUGCUACUGAAAUCGAGUGUGCAAGUGUUACGUCGUUUGAACAAUCAUACAAGCAAUUUUGGCUUGGAAAUGCGAGUGGACAAAUCGGACAGACCAAAUUCAUCAGACGGAAGUGAUCAAACGAUUGAAACACGAAAUUUGGCCGGGGAGCUCGGGGAAGAGAUCUUAUAUGAAAGCUAUUUAUAUAUUUAACGACUCGUGAUAUAAUAACCUGUGUAGGACAGGGGUUCCCAAACUUUCUAACGUCCAUGUUAUAAAUCUAUACAUUUUGCAUGUGCAUAUUUUUUUUAUUAUAGAGUGUACAUAAUGUAUCUCUAUUUUUUUAUUUGCAAAUAACUUUUGUUAAGCAAUUGAAGAGAAGAAGGGAAAGGUCAAUGCAAGUCAUCACAUAUAAUGCAUAAAUGUACGUUAUUAUGUUUAAAUUUAUAUGUCAAGUUAUAUAAUUGGAGAUUUUUUAACUGUUUUUGUAUUAUUAUCUCAAAAUUUCCGUAAUAAAAUCGGAAUAGGAAUUAUUAAAACAGAAACUGUUUAUUAAUUUUUUUAAAUCUUAAUGUGACUAUUUUAUAAUUUUUUUUAUGUAAUAUUUAUUGCAAUUAGAUAGUUCAAUUUGAUGUUUUAAUUGGUAUUUUAAUAUUUUUUAUUAUUUCUUAAUUGUAUGAGUAAUGAACAUAGGUGAAAUCGAAUUAUUGUUUAUUGUGAUAUUUUAUGCUGUAGUUUUUCAAUACUGAAAAUGAUGAAAUUGUUGCACGUUUUAACGUUGUGCGAUACAAAUUGUACUUACACUUUUAUCUUAAGCUAUAAAGCUUCUCACUUCUUUAAUAAAGAAAUAUCCAUUUUUUAUUUUAUAUAUAUAUGGUGUGUAUCUUGAACAUAUAGGUGUUUAUUUUAAUUAAUUUUAAACUUUAAACUUUAAACAUAUAGGUGUUUAUUUUAUUUAAUAUCUAAUAAUCUGGUUAUUUAAUAAAAUAAUUUUACUUGAAAAAAAUUAAAUUAGAUUAUAUAUUGGGAAAAGGUUUUGAUUAAAAGUUUGAUUUUAAAGAUAAUUCAAUAAUGUAUCGCUGAGUAAUUCGAUGACGAGAGAAUACAGCAUUGUCGUUCCUCUUACUCUUCUCUUCGCUUUGGUAGUUUCUUAAUGGUUUGAGAACCCCUGCUGUAGGAUAACAUAUGUGCCACGGCCUUGCACUACCACCAACGUACAAAAGUGAAAGAAAACGUUAUUUUUAUUUACGAGAUGUAAUUUUUUACGGAAAGAGGCGACACGAUUCGUCUCACUAACCGAGAGGCAGAAGAAAAUAGAACGACAGUCUUCUAUUUUGCUAAACGCGUGAUAGGAAGUUUCUUCUCGGACGCGCAGUUCGCUAAGCUCACAGUGAUACCAGUUUCAGAACCAUUACGUAGUCACGACCCUGUUCUUUGAGAUUAGCUUCGUAAGAUAUAACUGAAUAUACUGUCUACAUUUAUUACUUACCGCGAAUGUUAAGCUCAACAUUUGUAUCAGACAAAAGGAUGGUCUUACUUUUCUGAAUUCCUGGAUUUACGAACGUGAACUAAAAGAAUAAAUUAAAACUUUUUUAAAUUUGUAGAGAGAACGAUGGAUUUAUAUACAAGUUUUAAAAUUUCGCAGAACUAGAAGGAAUGAAUAUCGAUGAAAUGAUUUCAAACUUACCAAUGAAAUUUAACAAUUGGAUUUAUGAAUUUUGAUAUAAACGUCCAAGAAUCUAGGAAUCCAGAGAUCUCGGACUGCAGGGAUCUCAGAACCCAGGAAUCUUGAAGUUCAAGGAUCUAGGGAUCCGAAGACAUAUAAGAGUCCUAGGAUAUAAGAAUUAUCUUUACGCACGCGUGUAUACAGUAAGGAGAUUUUCAAGACACAGUAAUACAUUUCUGCCAAGUAGCAAACAUAGAUAGUACGUAAGUAUCACCCACGCAUACACACAGUUAUAAUAAUCCUUUGUGAGGAUAAACUUUUUAUAUUUAAAUUUGCAUAGAGGAGAGAUAUCGUCAUGUCACACAUUUUUUCUGAUUUGUGAAAAGAUCAUACUUAGAAAAAACAUAUUUAUCACAGUUUAUAUAUAUUGUAAGCAUAGUUAUAAUGAUUAUAUUGGCAGAAAUUUGGUACAGUGACGUUAGAAUUAUUUGUUUAUUACGAAUGGGUAACUUUGUUUAUUGUCUGUUUUACAGUUUAUAACCAAAAACUAUUUUAUAUAUAGAGACUUUGAAGUUCUAUAAUGAGCAUACCUGCUCAUUUUUUUUAUUUCUUCGUUUCGUCAAAUAAAAUCUUUUAAUUUCUUAGUUAUUAUUGAUUAUCAUUAUUAUCAUUAUUGCGGUUAUUGGAGGAGAGACAACAAAAAACUAUAAAAUAAAUAAUAUGUAUAAUUUAAAACAUUUUUUGUAUAAUUUAAAAUAUUUUUAUGUAUAAAAAAAUUAGAAAUUUGAGGAAAUCUGAGAGCACAAAAUUUGAAGAUCCAAAAAUUUUGGAAUAAAGAGAUUAAAAUUUAAAAAAUUAUACCAUAUUACUAUAUUAUUUAAUAUUUAUUAUAUCUAUAUUACAUAUUGAUGCUCUGAGAAAAAUCGAAACAGUAAAUUAAAUUUAAUUCAAGUGAAUAGAUUUCUCUCUCCGAUUGCGUCUCUUCCAGUUAACCGCCGGAUGUUAUUACUAUUACAACAUAGUACUUGUUGAAUAAUUAUACUUACUGUUUACCAGCUAUUUUAUUAAAAUAUAGUCGUACAAAAUAUUCUUAUAUAUUAUAUAUAAUAUUUGAUAAUAUUAUAACAUAGAGAGUAAUUAUAUAUAAGAAUGUAAGAAAGAAAGAGAGAGAGAGAAAGAAAGAAAGAGAGUCGACCAAAUUUAACAGUAUGCAUGUACAAGGUGCCACCAAAAUGAUCGAAAAUACAAUAUCUUUGUCCACCUUGUGCAUAUGUACUCCACACGUAUACAUACAUAUUUUAUUCCAAUUGAUUAUGUAUUCGCGAAAACGCAGAAAAAAUAGAUGUAGAGAUAAAUGUUUAACGCUUAUUUAUGACACGUGAUAGUAUUUAUCGAUUCUCGCUUCUUUGUUGCAAUUCAGCCUUAGUGUUGCAGAAUGAAUGAAUGAAUUUUUCCAUAAGAAUUGGAACGGAGAAGGGGAGGAAAAUUGAAGGAGAGAUAGAGACGAGGAUUGAACGUUACCGUUUAAACUAAGUUCGAGAAAAAAUUUGCACUCUGAUAUAAGUAUACAUAAAAAAGUUGUCCGGCGAUUACCGUAUUACUUUUCAUCGAUAGAUCUCCUGACGGAGAGUCCGUGUGCUCGUCAGGGAAUCUACGAUCGAGAGGAAAGAUAAUUCAGUAAACGCGGAGAGCGUGUCGAUGUACACAAUGCCUUCCUUUGAUCGACCAAUGAAAUGUAUACACAGCUCAAGUAUGUCGUCGACAAGAGAUUCUUGCUUACAAAGCCAAGCUAGAAACACAUGUGCCAUCAUUUUUGCGUGCAUAUAAGGAAAGAUAUAAAACUUAGAACUUCUUACAAGACUGUAUUUUUAACUCCAGAAAGACUAAACGCGUCCCCCGUGAAUCCAAUAAGAACCUAAACUACCGCUGAUCUAUAAGAAUUUAGACUCAACCGCGAAGCAUAAUAUUUCGAAGCAUCCGUAGGUCUAAGAAACUGAAAAAAAAAGAGAUUCAGACUUCGACGAUUGUAUAGAUUAUUUAAGAAUCCAGGAACGGCUCCGAGGCCCUAAGGAUCCUCUACGAUUUUAAGUAAGGAUCAACUAAGCUGCUAGAAGGUUCUGUGAACCUGCAAAUUCUGUGGUUCUACAUAAUAACUCGAGUUCUAAUCCGAUCGUCUUAGUACUUAGAAAUCUCCUGAUAGAGCAUAGAAAGAGCAGAAAAAGAAAAUGCAGCUCUCCUGAAACAAGCCAUGAAUUUUUUUACGCAUACAUCAAGAUAAAAAGAAAACCACGAAGGGGCGGAAUAAGCGAAUGAGAAUACCUAAAAUUAGCGGUUGGAGGGCUCAUCGACAUGCUAAAUGCCAGAUUAAUAGCUUUUCUUGACGAAGAGACUUAAAUAAUAUAUUGAAGUUGAUCCACAGCGAUGUUUCAGCCGUCACUUAUACUGCCACUUUCGAGUUCAUGAAUUUUGCGAAUGUUUCCGUUCUUGAUGUGCAGAAGAACAUCAUGUCGCAAAGUCCAGUCGUUAGAGGAUCGCGAUUAAAUUAUCCUCGUGUCGUCUUUUUCACUCACUUUUUUAUUCAUCAUCCGGAGCACGAUCUUUAGCAUGGCACUGCCCAGAGCCCUUCAACUUCGAAGUCCAAAGCUUCCGAAAGGCGAAAAAACUGCAAGAUGUUUGUUACAAACUGCUUCUUCGCCAAAAGAAUAGAACUGAGAAAUAGACGUAUCUUUUUUUUUCUUAUUUGCGUUUCUUCGAGGCAAACGGCACAAACUGGUCUGCGUUUAAGCCAAAGAUACUAUCCUCCGCGAUGAGAUGCUGCUGAAUGUUAUAAAAUGUAAAAAGUAUAUACGAAUAUGACGUGAGAUUUCGAUUCCUUCUCGCGCUAGGCGUUCCGAAAGAGAGGCUGAAUGAAUUAAAAAGCGGAAAAUCGAAUUAAAAGUUGACGAAAAUUUUUUUCUGCGAAACUUGAUGACCAACUUCACCGGAGGAUGAAGAACGCGCGAGUCUCUCGGAGCGUCUUGCGCGUGCACGAAAUAUAAUUUUUCUUGCGUAAUUAUUUCUGCACAUGCAGGCGGAAUUAUAUCGCGAUUCUCUUUGAUUUGAAAUUUAGAUUUUGAUGUUCGCCGAUGCAUGAAAUUCCGACUACGUUCUAUCCGCGAGUGGCGUAACAAAGAGGGAGAGGAAAAAAAAUGGGAAAAAGAGUAUUGUAUAGAUACAAAUUAAUAUCUGUGAUUAUCGUCGAUGCAGAUAUAUUUUAAGUAAUUUCUACAGCGUUCGGGCACAUUUGUAAAAAAGGAAUGAAAGAGAGGUAGGAGGAAAGGGGAAGAAAAAAGUAAAAAAAAAACAAUAAUGGUAACCAUAUACGGCGAUAAUACUUUUAGGACGAUUGUUGAGAUAAGAUUUAUCCGUGUUUGUGUUGAAUGCAUAUUGUCGUAUUACGUGAUGACAAAGGUUAAUUAAUUACGCAUUAAUUGUAAUUAGGAUAAUUAAUAUAUAGUGCGAGCACACGCUAUUGCUGUUUCGGGAAAAAAGGGAAGGGACAAAAAAAAGAGAAGAAAAAGAGGGGAGACACGAGGGAGCUCGAAUGAAUGUGUUUCGCGGAAUCCGAUUUUGUUGUUGUACAUUACAUCGCAUUAUACACGAUCAUUUUCAAUAAACAUAUUCUAUAAAUGA